GUGUGUAUCUUAAACAAAAAAGACAACAAAUACCAAUAAACAUAAUAAUCAUGAUACUGAUGAUAAAAAAAUGAAUGAAUGAAUGUGUAUUUGUGACAAUAACUCACCCAUCAAAACAACCAUUGCAGGGAAUGCAAGGGGGAAAAAAGUUACAUUAUCAACACAGGAAGUCAUUAUAAUGAUUAUCUGGUCAAACACCAAACGAUAGAAAAAUGUGCAUUUAUAUCUGAUUAUAUGCAGUUGACACUUGACAAUCACAUGACAAUUAGUUAGUCAUACCAACGUUUGCUUUCAAAGUACUGUACUUUCAAAAUCACUUUGGAGUCUCUUUAGUGAAAACUACAAAGCAAAAUUUUCAAAGAGCGCCAUAGUGACAACCGUGUCACAGGAAAGGAGGUCAGUGAAGACAGGAUGUAAUCCUAUUAGAUUAUUCGACAUCCUGCAUAGACGCGUCAGGCUUAUUUAAGAGAGUCCUCGUGCUCCGACACUCCACCAUGUUACGACACGGCUUUCUUGACAUAACUACAGUACAUGCAAAGGCCUCUCUUACAGAGUGACGGUGGACCGACAUGGCCGAUGAAGAUGCCAAAAUGGACCCCGGUAUGAAUGUGCCCGCUCUGCCUGGAAGGCACCGCCGUAAACAUUGUCACAUGACCUAGGCUUUAAGAGCAUCAUCCUCCACCUCCCAAUCAAGAUGCUGCUGUAGCCAAAGACACAAACAAUACACAGGAGGUAAAUGAGGCCACAUAGAGACAGCCAAGACAAACAAUAAACACGCAACAGGAAGCAUCACUGUUUGCUGAAUGCACAGUUUACCCAAAGAGAAGGCUUGUUUGAUAGGGAACAUGCCUGGGCAGUGGCGAGACACUAGACAAGAUACGACAAGACAACUCAACGUCUUCUGACUGAUAUAUGUCUGAUAUUAAACAUUAAUUUCAGAAAAAUUAAGGACAGAUGUGUUUACAAUUGUCAAUAUUAACUCUUUGACACCGAUAGACAUCCGGUCAUCAUUCAAAGAUGUCUUUAUUUGAGAUUUGGAUAGGCGCCAAUACAUCAAACGAUAUGAAAGCAACCCAGGAUGCAGCCCUUUUUAUGCCCCGUACAUCCUGUUGACUCUCAAUAUAGUCACACAUACUGAAAAACUCUGCCCGUUUACGUUCUCACUAAACGAAUAAGGUUAUUUUUGUAUAAGGGUGGCAGAUGUGCUCACAUGUUUCUGUUUGUCUCAUCUGGUCUUCAGUGGACCAUCAGGUUUGAUUUGGCAAGCAAAAAAGUUCCCCUCUGAGGCGCCAUCAUGUUAGAAACGGCUGUUUCUGGUUUUAGAAACAAUGGUGAUAGCGUUGUGUCUGAAUGAAGCACAUUACAUGCUUUACUUGCCCUUGUUGACAGAAGAUUUGGAUCUCCUGUAACAGCCAUUGGCUUUUGAUUUUAAACAGAUUCCAGCUAUAUACAAAUACUUUUGUAAAGGGAUUCAGUUUGUAGAAGAUACCUAAGCAGGCACGUUUUGCUUAUGGUCUGAGAUACAAAUAAAUUAAGAGUUACAUGCUCACUCAAUAACUAAUCAAGUGUGUAUGUCAAGGUUUUGCCAAAUACGCAACAGCCGCCACUUGAUAGCAGUAUUCUCAUAACUUUAGCGAUCAGGUGCGAAAUGGGCUUUGUGAUCGGUCCUAAAAAAGACCCCCCAACUCCUAAUUUUUUUCUCUCUCAAAUCGUUCGAUCUUUAAUCUUUUUUUAAGGGUUCAUUUUUCUUUUUGAAUUCGUGUUUGUUGUUUUUAACUGGUAGUGUGGUGUCUACCCUAGUAUAUUCGCAUUAAGCUACCGGGUGCUCAAGAAAUGAAAUGUAUUUUGUAUUUUACUGCACAAUAUGUGAAAUUUUCUUAGUUAUAUGCAUUUAGUUUUAUAGUUUGCAUCACCUGGAGUGUAACAAAUUGCGUAAAAAUCCAUCAACAUUGGACUCAAAAUCUGCCAAACUAGUCAGUUCUGCAUCUGCACAUUUUCCCGGCAAUGUUUGAUCUUAAAAUCAUCCAAAAAUUACAGUACAUUCGCUGUUCGGAUGAAAAAUGGUUAAACCUCUCCAAUAUCCUGCCUCUUGGGUGCAGCCAUUUUUUUCUGGGAUGGAGAGGCAGAUACCACAACAGAUCAGUAAAAUGAAAAUGGUUCUUUGCUCCCAUCUGCUGGCUGCCUUGCUUUGUUCACCUUGUCUUAAUUUUGGGAUUAACAGUAAAGCUGCAUAAUGUAUAGCACUCUUUCACUAGGAACGAGAUAAUGGGAAAAAUGCAAAAAAACAAACAAACAAACAAACAAAAAACAUAAAAAUAUAUCUUCGGCACAGAAUGUUGAAAUACUCUCAAAUGUCCCAAGGACGAUUUUACACUUUAUGAGUUUUUUUUUUCCAGACAUUCUGAAUUAAGCUAAAAUGGCAAGAGCGUAAUAGAAACACUGUUUUCACUCGAAUUUAUACUCCAUAAGACAUGACAUACCCAGUCACGCGGUCAUUUGUCUAUGUACAUGCAACAGUUAUUAAGUGUCCAUUUUCCUUCAGUAAAAUCUUGUAGGAUGAAAAUUCACGAGAGUUGCAAGGCUUUUUCGAAAAACAGCCUUCAAUACAAACAUACCUAACUCAUUGCCUGCAAUCGACAAUGUCAGACGUCCAAUUCAUUUAAAUUGAGAGCAUUAGCUGUGAAUGCCAUAGACGGCACUAGACGUCCAGUUCCUUUCUGACUGGGAAUAGCAAAUAAACGAAUGUCGUCAAUGUCAGACAUUGUAUUAUGCAGUGUCUGACCAAGCCAUGAAGGCAAAUACUUUACAUUCAAGUGAGUAUGCAGUCAUUUUAGUACAUAAAGAAUGUAGAGUGGUACCUCAACAUACGAUCGCAUCGACAUACAAUCCUUUCGACAUCCGACGUAAAAUUUGACUUGUCAUUUGUCUCGACAUAUGACGACAUGCUGGAAAUACGAUGGUUUUAAGACAGCACUGUAAUUUCAUUGUUUUCCUGCAAGACGGUCGCACGACGGAUUUUUUUGGGAGACAUGGGUCCGAAAAAGGUGCAGGUGGUGAUAAAAAAGGAUAAAGAUGACACUUAGAAGCCUGAGUUAUGCUACUGCGUUGCGGUGACGGGGAAACGACUACGGCGUCAAUGAGCAUUCGAUAGUUCUGUGGCGUUGCUCUGCAAUUCUCCGCCAAGCCACUAGAGGGGUGUGGCAUUGUGUUUGUAGGGUUUUGGGGGACUAUUGACGAUUUCUAGUUUUCUUCUGGUUACACCGCUAUGCUAAUAUGCUAACGGAGAUAAAACGCUUGAAUGUAGAUCUUCAGCUCAUCAGCAAUGAACAACAAAUGUUGAUCAUACAAAUAAAUGUUAAGGCGCAGGCAACGCAGAUGACUGUUUUGGAGGUGGUCUGUUGAUGUGGUCACAUUACGAAUUCUAGCCUCGGGUGGAAGCCAGCAAGGUGUGGCGGCUAGCUUCAAACUGGCGUCGAUCACUGUGUCUAGCGUUUUGUCCGAGGUCUGCAAAGAAUUGUGGACAGCCCUCCAGCCCGAUUUUUUUGGUGUGUCCUACAACCAGCCAGUGGGAAGCCAUAGUAGAUUUCUGGUGGCUAUGGAAGUUCCCAAACUGCGUUGGAAGCCUUGAUGGUAAACACGUUAUCAUAAAAGCACCUAGCACUCUCAAUCAGUGACGAUGUAUCAAGUGUGCGAACUGUCUAGUUGAAAAUUAAACAUCAAAACAACUCUUUUGACACCAAUCCUGUGCUUUAUUCUUCAUAUACUUGAAGUGUGACACGUAAAUAAGUCACAGACUCACAACAAACAGAUGUACACAAUAAAUAUGAAGUGUACCAACUAAAAAUACGUCAUAAAGUGAUAAAAAGCUGGCAGUUUUUGGCCGACUGCGUCACCGCUUCGUGUGGCCAUUCGAUUCCGAACACACACAUACUUGUCUCUGUAGUUCUUCCAUUUUUUAUUCAAUCGCUGCCUGACCUCCAACUCCGCAUUUCCAGCAAUCUCCUCCCACGAAUUGCUUGCCAUUUGGCAAUCUUCAUAAUGUCUUGAUGAGACAUUUUAGAAGUUGUUGUACUUGCUCUUCGUUGGCUUGGUCCAUUUUUGCGUGGCGCAAGAUAAUCUUUGACAAUGGCGGUGAUUUCUCGCUGAACCUGAAACUACAGUCUGAGCCGACCAAUCGCAGUCCAUUUCCACCACGUCACACGCGGUGACGCGAAGCAAAGUCGGAAAAUUGGGAAGGAACAUGAAAGGCUACAGCGGAGGGUCGUAAAUCGGCUCUGCCUUGACGGCGCAGGUCUGCCGUAGAAGCAUAAUUCAGCCUUUACCAUUGAUAUUAAGAAGGAAAUGAUAGAAAAAUAUGAGCGUGCUGUGCAUGUGAGUGAACUGGCUCGACAAUAUGGCCGGUCUCCUCUGACAUCCGUUCAACAAUCUAUAUAGGUUAAGGUGAUAGUAAAAACGCUUUUUUAUUUCCUGAUUUAUUAUCAUUGUUAUAACAUCGGCAAGGAAGUCGCCAGCUUCGUCAGGUUUUUAAUCAUUCAUUUCAGAAUUUGUGGAACACAACACGGCUAGUGUGCGCCGUAGCCGUCAACAUGAAAAGAACGGAAAAACCUCUCUCACUAUCUCGUCAGUCACACGGUGCAUUCAGGAACAGCAUGCAAAACACAACCGCCACAUUAGAACCCAAUUUGUUACAUUAUUACUAUUAUCAUUAUAUUAUUCUAAUUUGUAUUUAUAAUUUGUUUGUUUUGCUUUGUGUAAUUGCUAUUUGUAAUUUUACCACCAGUAUUUAUUAAGGAUUUAGCGUAGGUUUUUGGGCUGUGGAACGAAUCAAUCAAAUUAUAAUGUAUUCUUAUGAGAAAAUCCCGUUCGACAUACAACCAUUUUGACUUACAUACCAGAUUCUGGAACAAAUUAAAUUCGUAUGUAGAGGUACCACAGUAUAUGUUUUGAUAAAACUUAGUAUCGGUACAUCGGCCGAUACCACACAGCCUGGUGAUGGAAUUGGUAUCGGGAGCCAAAAAAGUCAAAUGAUUAAUAUACAGUACAAAUAUUGAUCAUGAAGUGCUCCAAAUGCCACACCUGUGUGCUGUAUAAUUGUGCUUUUGUAAACUCUUGAUGGCUUCCAUAAUGUGAUUGUCGUGGCAUUUAAAGGUGGACUAGGACGGGGAAUUCCGCGAUGAAGGCCCAGUUGCCAGUUGCAUGGACCGUCACUGCUCAACACCCUGCAGCUGUAGCAGGGUUGCUUAUCUGGUGACUGCAAAACGAAUGCCGGGCAGCCCGGAAACAAGAACCUCGACGUAAACGCAAAGCUGACGCCCGCCAGGAAGUUGAGCUAGUCGUGUGUACUUCCUUUUACCGCCGGCGCUCUGUGACAAAGUCCCCGAGAGUGAGCGGUCACUUCCCGGCAUCCCUAAGAGAGAAAAAAAGGAGGACUGGAGAGCAAGAGAGAGCUGCCUCGUCAACCCUGUUCCUCCUAAAUAAGCAGUGAUAUGUUGAACGGCUGCCAACGGAGGCUGGCCCAAACCCUUGCAGCGCAACUUUUACAAGCCGAGCCUUCGCCAGCAGGAAGGCAAAAAGACACAGAGCCCAGACUUGUGAGAGAGGAGGGAGUUUGCUCCUCUACUUUCUUCCUUUUUGUGGUUAAAAAAAAUGAAGCUUUCAAUCGAGGACGAAGGGAGGAUUUUUUAAGAUGACGUCACAGAGAAAGCUGUCUUAGAUAUCGCCUGAGGAAAGACGAGUGACACAUGGUGGACACUCUUCCAGUACAAAAAAAGGAGUCCUGAUAGUAUUCCCUUUUUUCUACUCUCUCGAAUGAGUUGCUUUUAUUCUUUCUUGGUAUGAUCUAGAAAACCUUGUUGACACUAAACAGCGGAUUAAAUGGUUCGCCCUUGUCCUCGAUUGACUCCGCAGUCAGGAAAUCCCGGACAAAAGAACACCCAGGCAGGUGCAGGACGACUAAAAAGACGACUUGUCGAGAAUGGGAUCCGCCAGGCAUGGACUACCUGGGAAGGAUGCCAAGAUCUGACAAAAGCUGACGCGGGGAACAAGUCGUUUCGGGAAAGCGUUUGGACGGCUUCAUCCGGAACGAACCUCGUCGGCGUCGCUUCAAGCCUGCCUGUUAACAGCGUACCAUUUCCUCCCUUCCACUUCCUCUGUCCUUUGGGCUGAGGUAGUAGAUUGAAUAGUUGUGGGGUUCCUGUCCCCUCUGAGAUAACUAUACAAUCUACUGUCUUUGCCCGUGAGACAGCUCCCUCGCCGAAUGGCCAAAAAUACCUGCCGAUCAUCUCUGCAUUAAACUCAAUUGUGAGUGGAGCCCAGCGAGUUGAGGUAGUAGGUUGUAUAGUUUGUGGGAUGCGGCCAGUCCUCCCAAGAGUUGAUAACUAUACAGUCUAUUACCUUCCUCGAGGGGCACAAAGUGAAGCUCAUUCUACACUACCAUCAAUGGAACAAAUAUUGAUUUUGUGGGGUCUUUAUGGUAAUCAUGUGCAUGAUUUCUGAUGAUAAUUGUGUUGCGCAAUAAUGUGAACCUGGCAAUGUUCUUGAGUAUAUAAAAUAAAGUUGGCUAUUUGGUUUCAAAAAUGCAUUUUAAAAAAAAAUACACCAACACAAUGUGUUUUUUUGCUUGUUGGUAUGUGUUGAGAGGAAAUUAGAGCUCUAUUUUGACCGCAAAAAUGCACACAUGCAAUCAUGACAGAGCCCAAAAAAUGAGGAAGCCCUGUCAAAUAUGCACUAUACUAUUUCAAAAUUACCGUAACUAAAUGUCUUCUAUGAGCACGCCACACUGUGACUUUGGUCAUCACAAGUGCUUGACCAGAAUCUUUUUUUUUUUUGUUCUGUUUCACACACCAAAGUUCCAGUUCUUCCAGAGUUCAUAAAAUAGAAACCUCAGCUUUGGAUUAAUCUUAUAUGUACAAUGUAAGUAAUAGUGAAAGUAAUUUUGCAAGGCAUGAGACGUGCUUAAUGGAGAAGUGUAACAAGAAGAGAAGCCAACAUGAGAUGUGAAAGUUGGCACUUGAACACAUGUGGAAGUUGACGUAUUCUUUUUGUCUGCAAAAUCUGCCCAGACACAAGAAAAAAACGCAUGUCUUUUCAUAAAUUUGAUCACAUGAGACAUUAAAAAAAAAGCGUACAAUUGAUGUCUAUGAACAUUUGUGGUCUUUUGCUGAGCAUUCACCUGGAACACAUCAAAGAUGACAAAACAGCCGCAUAAGAGAUGAAAGGUGGCAAAACAGCCACCAAGAAAUCAAUGGUGUUAAAGCAGCCAUAAAAAGGUAGUUUCUGAAAAGUUCAUCCAGACAUGCAGAGAACAAUCAGCAAGGGAUGGUGCAGAAAAAGACAGCAAAAUAGAAGAAAGCAGGAGCAGGAGUAUUGGACUCUUAACCACUGCUGAAUGUUUGAGCAGAAGGCGCACAUGUAAAUUAUAUCAUUGUGAAUAUAUUUUUUGUACAGUAUUUGUAUUUUCUGUAUUUCCACCGUAGUUUUCACUGUGGUUUGUCAGUAGUAGUUUAGCAGCGCUGGUCAAAAUAAAGCCCGGCAAAACAUCAAUUGGAGCCUAGUGUAUUGUAGUAAGUGUAGCUCAUUUGCUAUUAUUGACGUCGAACUCAUUUCUGAAUGGGAGUUCAGCCGAUGGGUUUAACACAUAAUUUCGUUCCCAGGAUGUGAAAACAAACUUGAUUUACGGCAAAUAUCUUCAAUUACACUGAAGGGGAAAGGGGCAUGUUCCUACCAAGUUUGCAUUGUACAAUUGUUCAACCGGUGUUAUAUUUACAUUGACCAGUCAUCAUGCUUUUGGUCAGUGGUCUUUUUUCACUGCAUGUUCUGGACAGCCUGUACAUACGCAGCAUGUGGCUUGUAAAAUACAUUUGCUUGCUCCAUAGCGGCUUUAAUCUGUGUAAGAGUGUUGUCCCUCAGAAACAGUGGCGCCACCACGGGGUGGCCAGGGGAGGCCACGGCCCCCCUUAUAAAUUUGUUGGCCACCCUACUGGCCACCCUGCUUGCCAGUAUAUCGUUAGAUUGUUGUAGUUAUGUAGUUAUGUUAUGUAGUUAUGCAUUUCAUCCCAAAUGCACAUUAUGCAUUUCAUCCCAAAUGCACAGCCAGGAUUAUGGACUAUGCACAUUAAAUCAUUAGUAACAUCAAAUAUUACACAAUACACCAAAGUAUAUCAGUAGCCGUGUGUCCUUUCGGUCUUCCUGAUAGUUUUCUCCUGACCUUUUUACUGCAAUAAUAUAAUGAAAACCUGAAAUUAUGGCUUUUAGUUUUGGUGUGCAACCCCAAGAUUUUAAUGGCCCAAUCUGGCCACCCCUAUGAAAAAUUUCUGGAGGUGCCACUGAUCAGAAACCCCUCAUGAGUCCAAUGAUCGAGUGGGUGUCAUCAUGUCGUCCUGUCGAGUUUGCCUUGCAAUAUUCUACUACUACUACAGCUAAUGAAUUGGACAGCGAUCGUCAGUGGUAGGUAAUGAGUUACACAUUAUGGAAUUAAAAAAAAUAAAAGUUCAAUUUUAGAGAUAUUGGUGUAUUUCUGUUUUUAUUCAUUUUAUAUUUUUUAAAAUAAUAUUUGAUUAAUAAUUUGAUUUAAAGUAUUAAUUAGAAGAAAAAAAAAAAGAAUGACGAUAAUAAAAAAUAAUGAGAUUUGGCAUCCACAUACUGUAUGUCAGGGGUCUCCAACCUAUUCAACAAAGGGUCACAGUGGGUGUGGGAUUUCAUUUCAACCAAAUGGGAGGACAGCUUCUCAUCAAUCUAGAACAGGGGUGGGCAAACUAUUUCACAAAGGGCCGCAGUGGGUGCGGGUUUUUGUUGCAACCCAUUAAGAGGACACCUUUUCACCAAUCUGCUGUUUUACAAGUGCAAUCAGUCGAUUGUAGUCAGGUGCUUCUCAUUCCUGCUGAACCCACAUUGGUUAAACUAUCUGUGCUGGGUCAGUUGGAACAAAGACCAGGACCCACUACGGCCCUCGCGGACCGGUUUGCCCACCCCUGAUCUAGAGUUUUACAAGCGUUUUAAUUUGAUUGCAGUCAGGUGCUGCUUAUUUCAGCAGAACCCUCAUUGGUUAAAACUGUAUGUGCAGGAUCGGUUCCAUCAAAGACCAGGACCUACAGCUACCAUUGUGGAUCAGUUUGGAGACCCACUACGUUUUGAGUCAUGUGGUAGGUCACACCAAAUGUUAAUAUUAUGAGAUACAUGACUGCAAAUGUGAUGGCCACUUAUGAGGACUCUAGGUCUUUGAGAAAUUUUAUUACCAAAAAUAUUAUUUUGUGGUAUGAAUAGCCUUAAGUGUUGUAUGUAUAAACAACUGGUAAGAGAAAAGUUCUCUAAACUUGACAACACAGGGAAGACUGUCACCAUGCCAAAGUUAUGAUUGAAAAAAUUUUUUUUUUAAAUCCAUCUAAUAAUUCAAUAAUAAGUUAUUUUAGCUUUGCCAUGUUUUACAUAACGUCAUUAAACAUCUACAACAUUUUUUUUUUAACAUAAAAGCAGACGUAUCAUGUUUUGAUUUUGGCAGUUUGCUGUUAAUAGAAAUAUUGUUGCUACUCGACUAAUUCAUUAUCUUAGGGGUAAUAUUUCGCUGACCCCUUUGCUUAUGGUUUUGAUGCAUCUUAGCACUCAUUUGAAGAAAAAUACUGCUAAUGAACUCCUCUUCCUGACGCUGCACAUUCUCUAUACAGAGUCAGUGUCAAUCUUAACAGGAAUAGAAAGAAGCACUCUUGACUUCCUCUCACAAAGCCUGAGAUGAAUGACUGAGUGUCGCCGUGCAGAGGCACACAAUGCAUGCGAGCGAUGCAGUCUAUGCCUCGUUGGAGGCACUAAUAGCCGUUUGCUGCUGCUUGGGCAACGCUCUGGUCAUCGUAGCUGUGUGGACGACCAAAAGCAUCGGGCAGCCCACUUUCUGUUUGAUCAUUUCGCUGGCAGUAGCCGAUUGUGCGGUGGGCCUAGUGGCCAUCCCGUUGGCUGUGCUGGUGGACGGCAGGGCUCACACGUCCUUUAUCGCUUGCCUUUUUAUCAGCUGCGUGGUCAUCCUCUUGACCCUGGUGUCCAUUUUGUCCCUCAUGGCCAUCACAGUGGACCGCUUUCUUCGUGUCUACAUUCCUCUCAGGUACAAAAGAACAGUAACUCAGAGACAUUCGUGGUCCGCAGUUGCAGCGUGUUGGCUCGUCGCUCUGCCUCUGAGUUUCACACCUAUGCUCGGUUGGCACAAUAAAGACCCUUCUUCCCACGGGUCCUCCAAUGCCACGUUCACAUGCCAGUUCAUCACCGUGAUACCCAUGUCUUACCUGGUCUACUUCAACUUUUUCCUCUGCACUCUGACGCCAUUGCUAGUCAUGUCAGUGCUAUACGGCUACAUCUUCUGCGUCAUUCGCGGGAACCUUCGAGAAAAACCAGGCAACGGAGCCCAGGCCAGAUCUGACAUCUACCUGAAGAAAGAGAAGCAGUUGGCGGGAUCUCUCGCAUUGGUCUUGGCUCUCUUCGCCUUCUCCUGGAUCCCGCUGCACGUGCUGAACUGUGUCGCAUAUUUUGAAUUGGCCGAAGUGACGGCGAGCGCUUUUCAUGCGGGCAUCCUGUUGUCUCACGCAAACUCUGCUGUAAACCCGGUGGUGUACGCCUUUAGGAUCCGCAAGAUCAGGAUGGCCUACCGGAAGAUGUGGAGGAGAUGCCUAACAUGCGGGAACGAGCUUCAAGUCUCUCAGUCCAGCCAGACCACGGACAACAACCAAAGCAACAGUAUGGACAAUGUGACCUUGCAUGCUUAAAAGGGAACUCAGUGGCAAUGGUAUAUGACAGUAAUUAGUGUUCAAAAUAUACUGCACUGUGUAUAACAUAUAAGAUAAUGCGUAAAAUAAAAUUGAACUGCUCAUUGACAUCAGCGACACCAAAGAAGAAGGUAAAACAUUUUUUUUGUGCCUCAUCUGAGUCUAAUUCAUAAAAGAUUCAACUGUAAAAAGUGUGCCUUUAUACAGAGCAGAACCCAACAUACAGUCCAUUAAAGUGAUGGCCAAGAAAUUGCAUGCGUAAUGUUAUAAUUGUGUUGGCAUUUUUUAAAGAACAUAAAUUACCAAUAUGGCAGCACCUAAAGUGUGCUGUGUUUGUGGAUUGUGUGUAGUAGCAAUCUGAUUGAUCACAAUAUAUUCUGAUUCACGUUUUUUUAUCCUACAUUUUGAUUUUAUACAGCAUUAGUUUGAGUAUAGAAUUGAUAGUGACAACUUUGAAUGUCCACUUCUUAUAAGGAAUGUUGUGUGUUCAUGCAGGACGUUGUAACAAGAAUCCACAGCUCGACUGCGCCCUGGUGGUUAUUCUGUGUUAUCACAGCUGGGGAAAAAAAAGUAUAUUUCACAUGACGUUAACCUUGCAGGACA